AUGCUCCCUGUCACCACCCUUCUGCUUAUAAGCUUGAGUAUCCUCAGCGUAAGUCGAGUUAGAGGGGAAGCCACUAGCAAACGAGGUGCUGCCUAUAACGAUAGAGCAGCUGUGUCGCCGUUGACAAAAGCUGGAACCGUGUCUUGGGCCUACAAUUGGGCAAUGUCAGAGCCGAACGAGCUUCCCUCUGGAGUUGAUUUCGUCCCUAUGCUUCGCGUCGCCAACUUUGAUGGGUGGCAGGCAUCUAUAGAGCACUACACCUCCGGCGGCAGCAAAUACAUACUUGGAUUCAAUGAACCCGACAUGAUAUCCCAAGCAAGCCUGGCGCCUUCCGUUGCUGCCGGUUACUACAUAAAGUACAUCACACCCUUUCAAGGCAGAGCCAAGCUCAUCAGCCCUGCAGUAACUUCUUCUACUUCCACCGACAUGGGACUCGGAUGGUUAGAUGAGUUUAUGGAAGCCUGCCUCUACUGUAACAUUUCUGGCAUAGCCGUUCACUGGUACGGUGACUCAGCCGACAGCUUAAAAUUGUUUGUCAAUAAAGCCAACAUAUUUGCUAAGUCACACGGUCUAUCCGAAGUCUGGCUCACCGAGUUUGCACUUAAUGCCGACAUCAAUGGCGUGGGCAACCAAGAAAUUACGGAGACCUUUAUCCGUGACGUUACAUCCUGGCUUGACUCACAGCCUAUCGUCACGCGGUACUCUUACUUUAUGUGCGCUGAGCGAUACCUUCUUUCUGGCAACGUCCUAAAUCGCGCUGGCCAAGCGUACGUUGCCCCGUCAUCUCUUACUAGUUCCGUCGGUUCUACUAGUGCUUUAGCGUCCUGUGAUGCGGCUGCGUAG